AUGUCGGAUACCUUGGAGACUGUGGUCUGUAGACGUCGUCCGACCGAAUGUUCGUCGGAGGUCGACAAAAAUGUUGAUGAUCAAUCAGAUUCUAAAAUUGCUGAUGACUCCAAACUUCCUAGGUUAACACUUAUGGAAGAGAUCCUUCUGCUGGGCUAUAAAGACCGCGAGGGAUACACCUCUUUCUGGAACGACAACAUCAGUGUUGGUCUUCGUGGGUGUUUUUUGAUUGAGUUAGCAUUCCGGGGAAGAAUAGCUUUGGAGCCCCCAUCAGCGAGGCGGCGUUUUAUCCUGAACAGGAAUGUCGUAGUGGUAAAGGACGUUCCAACAGGUGAUAUGCUUCUGGAUGAGGCCCUCCGUACAAUCCAUACCAAUGAGCCGACCGACGUUAAGUCAUGGAUUGAGUACCUUAGUGGUGAAACUUGGAAUCCAUUUAAAAUUACUCUACAAAUGCGGAAUGUUAGGGAAAGGAUAGCGAAAAAUCUGGUCGAAAAGGGGAUUUGUUCCACUGAAAAACAAAAUUUUGUUAUAUUCGAUAUGACGACUCACCCCCUUGUAAAUACUCCUACCAAACAGUAUGUUAUGCAACGGCUAAGGGACUCCGUCCUCUCAAACUGGUCCGAGGACAUACAAAAAAUGGAUAAAAGGUUGUUAUCCCUGAUUGUCGUUGCACACCGCUCCGAUGUCCUUGAGAAUGCCUUCACUUCCCUUUCCAACGAUCAGUAUAACUUUGCAAUGAAACACGUGCGCACUCUGCUGGACUUGAAUUACAAUGAACUUGGCUCCACGGGAUCAUCAACCGAUGUUAUGUGGGCUGUAUUUGCUGCACUGAGUCCAUAG